AUGACUCCACCAUCUUCUUCUCCUGUGCCCACCCAUCCACCUGAAGGAGACAAAGGGGACCGUGGAGAGAGAGGCACCCCAGGCAAGGCCGGUGCGGAGGGGCCAGCGGGCUCCAGGGGCCAGAUGGGACCCAAAGGAACCAGGGGCCAGACGGGGGCCCCCGGCGACCCCUGCAAGACCCAGCACUCCUACUUCUCGGUGGGCCGCCGCAAGUCCCUGCACAGUCUGGACUACUACCAGGCCAUGAUAUUCGACACGGUCUUCGUCAACCCAAAUGAGCACUUCAACAUGUUCAAGGGCAAGUUCUACUGCUACGUUCCCGGGGUCUACUUCUUCAACAUCAACAUCCACACGUGGAACUUCAAGGAGACCUACCUGCACCUGAUGCACAACGACAGCGAGAAGGUCAUCCUGUACGCGCAGCCCAGCGAGCGGUCCAUCAUGCAGAGUCAGAGCGUAAUGCUCACGCUGGAGCUCAACGACGAGGUCUGGGUGCGGCUCUACAAGCGCGAGCGGGAGAACGCCAUCUACAGCGACGACGUGGACAUUUACAUCACCUUCAAUGGAUACAUGGUGGCGCCCAGUACGACAUAAAAGGCAUAACGGGAGACAUGGAGGACAGUGACGUUUGUAGUUGCCAUUUCCUUUUUGUUGAGUUCUUUGUUUUCUAUAUCAUCUUCAAUGGAUACCUGAAGGUGCCCCGUACGACAUAAAAAGGCAUAACAGGAGACACAGAGGACAGUGUCAUGUGACAUGUGACUGUUUGUAGUUGAGAUCUUUGUUUAAUAUUAUCAUCUUCAAUGGAUAUCUGGUGGUGACCCGGACAAACUCUAAAAAGGAUUAUGGACGCAGGUGGAGACAGACAGAGGCAGAACAGCGUCACUUGACUCUUUUAGUUCUUUCCUUUUCUUCCAUUUGUUUUAGCCUGCCUCAGCCAUCCUGAAGCUUCCACUCACCUAUCAUUUCCGUAGACAAUCACAUCACAUUUUGGGGCAGCCAUGGUCUAAUGGUUAGGGAGUUGGUCAAUCUGGGGGUUGUAGGUCCGAACCCCACCUGACCUCUCCCUACACCCCGCCAUCCAUGGUUGAAGUGCCCUUGAUCAAGGCACCUAACCCCGCAUUGCUCCAGGGACUGGACCUUGGAAAAUAAUAACUGUGAGUCGCUUUGGAUAAAAGCGUCAGCUAAAUGUAAUGUAAUGUAACGUAAUUAACGUAAUCACAUUAAGGUCUGAUAAUUUUGGGUUAGACCUCAUCGAUCCCGUGCCAACCUAGCAAAUCCAGAAAAUAGGGUUUUCAGGCUGACCAGACCAGAGCUGGUGCCGGUGCCCGCACCAGUUCAUACCGCCCGUGUUCAUACCAAACUCCGAACCUUUUCCGUGCAUGACUGCGUUACCCAGAUGAACCUGCUGACGGCCAUGUUGUCGUCACGGUUCGCAGAGAAAA